ACCAUCCGGUUUAUUGGGCGAGUGUGUCACACUUUCAGCUGGCCAGUGUGUCAUGCUGCUCCCAGUACGCCUUUAACACGAGAACACACAUGAAACACACGGACCGUCGUGAAGACACGCAAGGACUGCUAUACUGUCGAUUCAGACGCCGCGUUUGACCGUUUUCGAGCUUAUUUAGUUUGUAGUUGAAGAGAUUUGUGGAUAAGAUGGCGGAUGUGGCUCCGGCCGGCGCGGAAAAGAGUCUGGACGACUUCUUCGCCAAACGAGACAAGAAGAAAAAGAAGGAGAAGGGGAAGGGAAAGGAGCCGGUGACCGGAGGAACCGUGAUGGUUAUAAAGAAGACGAAAAGGGAGAAGGAGAAGUCGACGAAGAGCGAUAAUCAGGACGCGCAGAUGGAGAAGGAGGAUGAAGAAUGGAAGGAAUUCGAGCAAAAAGAAGUGGACUACACUGGACUCAGGCUUCAGGCUCUGCAGAUAACUGAUGAGAAAGAAGAGGAAGACUAUGAGAAGGAGGAGGUUGGAGAGGAUGGUGAGAUCAUUCUGGUCAGUGGUGAUAAAGUCUCCGGACCCUGGAACAAACCAGGUGCCCCUCCUUCAGCUCCUCCUGCUGAGGAAGUUGAGGUUCCGGAGCCCAAGGCACCUGGCGUGUAUCGUCCCCCAGGGGCCCGGUUAACAUCUACCAAGAGAACUCCAGCUCAAGGGCCCCCAGAGAUCUUCAGUGAUGCCCAGUUUCCAUCUCUCCUCUCCACCGCCAGGCACGUGGAGACUCGCAAGGACAGAGAGAUUGAGAAGACUUUUGAGGUGGUCAAGCACAAGAGCCGAGUCAGAGAAGGAGAAGGCCCGGGAUCCACGCAGCAGCUACAGUUAGAUAACCAGUACGCCAUCCUGGGGGACAAAUAAAAGCCAUCGCCCCCUCCCCCCUGAGCCUACUGCCACUGGUGAAGCAAGACUCGCAGGGGGAAAACAUGACCUGCAGCUGUCUGAUGCAGUCCUGAACAAGCUGGAGAUACCUGUGCCCAUUACACACACACACACACACACACACACACACCAACACACACACACCAAACUGAUCCCACCACACAAGGUUUUGACACACCCAUUUCUAGCGUUCAGAAUCUCAUUCACACACAGACUUGGCUGAUAAAAGGCUUCUCUUAUCAACUGCAUUCAAACAGGCUGCAGCUACAGGAACUGACUGAAAUGUAUAAAUCUGCUUUAUUCCACACCGUACACCAAGAUGAAUGACACUGCAUAAACCGAACAAGGCACCAAGCGUUUAUUACGGCGGGCUUCCUCAUGGGGUUGGUUGGCUGGCAGAGCCAUUGGACAUCAGCCAACUCUUCAAAAAUGAGAAAAGCCACUUUGAGGAUGGAGACAUUGGGUUAGAAAUAAAAAACUGCUGUUGGGGAUCUUUUUUUCUUUGCUACAUCAGUAUAGCUCCCACAUGUUUGGAUUUACUUUACUUUUCUCUUCUUUUUUUCUUUUUGUUUUGCGCAAAGCUGGAGUUUUUGGUUUGGGCACUAGAGAGGGGAGACUACCUCAGUUCCAUAUCUGUGGUUACCAUGUCGACCAGGUCCUGAGUUUAGAAUGGCCAAAAAGGAGCGUUCAGUGUUUCACCUUGAACUUGAUAAUUGUGUUUCUUAUUGCGGGCCUUUGUGCAAGAUCUGUCGAUAGGGCAUGAAAGUGCGUAGUCUUCAAAUUUACUAUUUAAAGUGACCUUACCGGUGAAAAAGAAAGUGAUGGGAGAUAUAUAUAUAUAUAUAUAUAAAUAUAUAUAUAUAUAUAUUAAGAAAAUGUGUUAAAAUAUCGUUCUGGAAUACACUUCCUGGUCGUGUUUUGGGCAAAUGCCUGCUUGAGUUUUACCACUCUGAGGAGUUAAAAUCUCUGAAUCUCUAAACCCUCUGUAAGAAUGUAGUUGUAAAUUGUAGUUUGUUGAAACAUUGCAAGUAUUAGAUAUUCUUUAACUAUGUCCCUUUAACCCCCUCCAUCCCUCUUUCUGUCCCAUUCUGCUCAUUUUAUUUGAUUUCAUCAUGAUUGGCAAACUAUUAAAGCUUCUAAUCUCAAA